UCAAGAAAGUCAUUAUUUGUGUAUAUCUACGCCUUGACUCGUCUUUUUAAUAUAAAAAUUAGUAGUUUGUGAUAUAAAAAUAAGACUUGUUUUUGGUUAGUAAAAUUCAGUUUUCCCGCGUCGUCUAAUCAAAAAUACAACCUAAAAUGGCUAUUCACUGUAUUUUCAUCACUUUAUAAGAAUAUAUUGUAUGUUACUACGAAAUGUGGGACGUAAAAGCUUGUCGAGCCUGCCUGGACACUGAAGGCAAGUUAGAGAAGAUUGGAGAAGCCUCUAAGAGAAUAUUUACAGCAGUAACUGGACUUGAAAUGCACCCAGAAGAUGGCUACCCAAUGUACUUCUGCCAGGAAUGCCGCAGCCAUAUCAGACGAUGCCUGCAGUUCCGGCGUAAGACGCGUCGUGCGUUCUACGUGUUGAAAGAAAUCAUGACCAUUAAAAAACGGGUGACGUUUAAAGAUAUUCAGCAAGUGGAUCGCAAGAAGACAAACCUUGUAUCGCCAUACGGGUCGUUUGUAACGAAUGCUAAAAUAUACGAUGUGGUCGCCCCGGAGAUUGAAGGGACGAUGUACGAGGAGAUUGUUCAAGAAAUGGUUGCUGAGUUACAAUCAUCAGAUGAAGUUGAAAGGAAAAGAAAAUCAGAAAAAAUAACAGAAAACGAAAAGUUCAAGUUCAAAGUUCAAUUUGACCCGAACAACAAAGAAUGUCAAUAUAAACUCGAAAUUACAUCACAAAUAAAACCAGUUGGCGUUGAAAAUGGCAGCAAUUUUAGCAUUGAUACGAAACCGAAUAUUAUUAGCAAAGAUAUUGCUUUGGAAAGCGUUACGUUGGUGAAUAUAAAGCCGGAUAAUUAUAAAGAAAUAGAAUUAUAUGAAGAAGAACAAAAAAUAGAAGAACAAAAAGAAGUAAAUGAAGAAAAGGAAACGAGUGAAGGUCAAGAAGAAGACUUUGAUAAUAGAGGGCUUGUACCGGAAGAAGAAAUUGAUAUGGAUGAUGUUUUCAAAGGUCUUGAAGACAAACCAGAAUCAGAAGCGGAAAGUCUACCGGAACUGCCGGUUACGUCUCCCCCAAAACGUAAACGAAAGCAGAUAACGCAGAAACGAAAGGAGACUGUUAAUCCAAUCGUCCCGCAACCGAAGUCAAGGGCUUUUGUUAAGUAUGUGGCACGGCUAUCAAUCGCCAUGUGCAACAGUCGAAUACGCUUACUCAAUGUAGAAGAGCAACGGGAGAUGUUCAAUGCCGAGUUGCGUCGUCCAUCCUUCCUCCGAGCGCAGUUUAAAUGCAGCAUAUGUCUCAAUACAGACUUUUCCAGUCUCGAGGCACUGCUUGUCCACGUUAACAAGCACAAUAAGGAGCAAACAUUGGAGUGCGCGUGUGAAAUAUGCAAGCGGCGUUUCCGUACAGAAGAAGAAUUGACCAAGCACUCAGCCCAGAUGCAUUGGUAUGAGUACGAGUGCAACACCUGCGGCAAAAAAUACAGUACAACCUGCGACCUGGUAAACUGUUUUGUUCAACAUGUUGAAAAUGGGAAAUUGGUACUUAAUGACGCUUUCACUUCGUUGCCACUCACUAAAGAGGCUAUGUAUCGUACUAUGGAUUACUAUACAGGUCUCCUGGAAACUUAUGUCAAAUGUGACGAUUGCAACAUUGGCUUUGAAAAAUUCCAUCAACUGACAGCGCAUCUUAAUCAGCAUUUAACUCCACAAAAUGCCGAACAAAUAUUCGAAUGCGACAUAUGCCACUUGAAGUUCACCAAGCGCAACAAAUUGUCCACCCAUAUGAAGCAAUGGCACCUGUAUACGUACAUUUGCAACUUGUGUAAUGUGAUUUUUAUGAAUCGGAAACAAGCUGUCUAUCAUAAGGUGCAUAACCUAUGUGGACUAGACAAGAGCAACGAAUGGUUUACUUGCAAAUUUUGCGGUAAGAAAGUCAAGCUGAAUAGUGGAGUGCCGUCACACAUGAAGCCAAAGCACUACGAUAAAUACCAUAACAAGCAUUGCAACGAAUGCGGCGAUUCUUUCUCAUCUACAUUCAAGCUUUACCGACACCAGCUUGGCGUCCAUGAGUACUUUAGACUGAAUCACCAUGAGCUCGGCGAUCCCAGAUACGUUUGCGUCCACUGCAACGUCUUUUUCGUCGACGAGAAAGCAUACCAAAAACACGUAGUGAAGCUCGGACACGACGAAGCUAAGGAUAUUCCAAAUGGGUGUGCAUUAUGUAGACAACUUUUCGACAGUGUGGACCAACGAGAGGCUCACAUGUGUAAACGACCUUAUCAAACUUUCCCAAAAGUCAUAUACCCGAAACCCUGCUGCUAUUGUGAUGUCCAGCUCAGCAGCCAUAUGGAGUACUCCUCACACAUGCGUACAGUACACAAAGGGCUAAUGUACAAGCCUAUCACUGGAUACUCCUUGUGCGAACUCUGCGGCAAAACGGUGCACAAAAAGGGAAUGAGGUCUCACAUUAAAUUGUACCACGAUAAAACCGGGGCAUCUGCCCGGUGCAGGUACUGCCCAGAAAUAUUCAGCGAGCACACGUCGGCCGUGAGUCACAUACUUACCAACCACACGCACAAGCCGUACCUCUGCGCUAUCUGCCCGAUGCGUUGUAAUUACCGUUGCGAAUUACGCGACCAUAUACUCAAGGUACACGCUCCUGUAAUGCCGUACUAUUGCAAUUCUUGCAAACGCGGUUUUUCCCAUCUGGAUUAUCUCAACGACCAUUCCGUUAAGAUACACGGUGUCAAAAUCAAAAAUCCCUCUGUGUACCUUCCUCGCAGGAAACCACGGCGAGUUGUGCUGUACCCACACAUGAAGAUAGAUUGCACAUUAAUUGAUAACGAAUACUUGGCAAAAGCUGAAAUUGAAAUUUGCGAUUAUUUGGAUGAAAAUGAAAAAAAAGUGGACAAUUAUUUGGAUUAUGUCGUCUUCAAUAAUAUUGACGACGCAGUUAUUCUUAAAGCAAAUAAAAAAAUGUCAUAUCCCUAUAAUAACGAUAAAAAGAGGAAAAAGAAAAAUACUGUUCGUAGCGAGAAUACUAAAAUAAUAAGAAAAAUCACUAAAUUACCUAUUACGUCUGAAAUUGAUGUGCCUAAUAUUUUGAACGAAAGCAACUGUAACUCUGACGGUAGACAGGAACCUAGACAAAUGGAGGAUCAUUUAGCUGUUGAAGUUUUGAAGAAUAUUGUAGACAACCAAGAAAUAAUUGAUGAUGCUAAAGAAGGCAAAGAUGAAACUUCAAUACAGGAAUCGAUUAGAGACGAAGAAAUAAUAGCAGGAUACGAAGAUAUUGUGGAUACAAAGAAUAUAAGCGAAAACAGUAUGGAAUUUGAGACGGUUGAAGAAAGUAUCGUAAAUCAUGAAGUAAUUGAAAUGGACGGCUGUGAAUAUAUUAUGAUAGGUGACACGCUUUAUACAAUCGAAGUAGAUAAUGAUAACUGAUAUUGAAACUAUUUUUUUUUUAUUGAAGUUCAC